AUGGAGCUGGACACGAUUCUGAACGCGCGAUUAACAGCCCACGCAGGUACAGGAGACUAUUUCGGCAUGCAACGCGCAAUGCAGCACGAUAUGCAGCAGCAGCACUUCGGUGCUGCGCCGUACAUGAACGGCGGCCACAUCAAGUCAGAGAACGGCUCUGAGCGUGGCGUGUCACCCCAUCCGUCCGACUCGUCGCGAUACUCGUCACAGCAACCACAACAGCAGCUCCCUGCGUAUCCCCAGAUGGCUGCACAGCACAUGAACGGCAUGCGCUAUCCCUCGCCGACGCAGAUGCAGGCGCCCAUGCCGAUGCUUAACAACAACAACUACAUUCCCCAACCGCCAGAGCACGCGUACGCGCAGCCACAGCAGCAAAUGCAGGAGCAGAGUCAGCAGCAUGGUGGCCGCGCCGCCGGCGAUAACGGCCCACCAAAGGCUUUCGCGUGUUCGACGUGUGGUAAAGGCUUCGCGCGACGCAGUGACCUUGCGCGUCAUGAACGUAUUCACAGCGGUAUCCGUCCUCACGUGUGCGAUUACCCCAACUGCGGCAAGCAGUUCAUUCAGCGCUCCGCCCUGACUGUGCACCAACGUGUCCACACCGGUGAGAAGCCGCAUAUGUGCGAGCGUUGUGGAAAGCCAUUCAGUGAUUCCAGUUCUCUUGCCCGCCAUCGCCGCAUUCACUCUGGAAAGCGACCAUACAAGUGUCCCUACGCCGACUGCCAGAAGACUUUCACGCGUCGCACCACUUUGACUCGUCACCAGAACCACCACACUGGCACCGUCGAGGAAGCGGCUGCUGCCACGGCUGCUGCUCUUGCUUCUCGUGCCACCGCACCUAGCAGGACUGGCCGCUCAGAUGGCGGUGACUACUCGGAAACCCAAUCCCCCUUGAACACGCCAUCUCCCAACGACCGUACCCUUUCUCUUUCCCCUGCCAAUGGCAUGCCUGCAGGUGUCGUCCCUGCUAUGCACCGUCAGGCUUCUGACUACGCUUACAUGGGUGGCAUCAACGUUCCUCCUCACAUGCGCAGCGAGAUGCCCCAGCAGAGCCCACGCGCUUCCCCAGCGUUGACCUCGCAAUCGUACACCUCCAGCGUGAGCAAUGCUCGUCCUACCAUUACCUCGCACCCCAGUGCAUACGGCCCACCGCCGAUCCUUGAGCCACCGGCGUCUGCCAACCACAACCAGUCCGGUACUGGCAGCGCUAAUGGCAGCCCUCACAUGGCCAACAUGGGCUGGCAAUCACCCUCUCAGCAGGCCCUUCCUUCGCCAGGAGCCGCUGACAACGGCUACGUAUACCCCGAGCCGCAGUACGGCAACACGCAGAACAGCAUGUACUACCAGAACCACAACAUCCGCCGUCCUAACAGCACCGAGCCGGACCACUACAACCCAAACCAGCAGAGGAUGGGCAAUGAGAUGUGGGCACCUGCCGUGCAAUAA